AUGGCGGAGAAGUUUACGGUUUCGUACAUGGCACUUCUGGCUAUUACUUGGCUAAUCGUCAAAGUAACGGCGAAGGAAGUAUCUCAAUUCCCUCGGGACCUGAACGUCCCGGUUGGUGCGAAUGUUACGAUGUUCUGCAAAUUACCACUAACACACGAUACCGUUGACGUUCGUUGGUGGAGGAAAGGCGAGAAGGGGUUUUUAGAAAGGGACAGCAGAAGACAAUUCACUGUAGAAAAGAGAAGAGGAACGCUUGUACUCUGGAAUGUCACCUUCAGCGACUCUGGACUAUAUUACUGUGGCGGAAGGUUUCAGGAGCAAUUUUUCGAGAGUAGCUGUGGCACCAGCCUCACUGUGUUCGCUCCUCCAACUCUACUGGAAAUUGUUCCUGUUGGAGGGUUUUCGUCUCCUCGAAAGCUCCUUUGUAAAACGGCUGCCUUCUACCCGGAGAAAUUAAAAAUCGUUUGGCAAAGAAAUAACAAGCAAAUUCACACUGGAAUAGAAAAUGUGUCAAACCGGAGCGUGGACGGCUUGUAUGAGGUACUUAGUUUAUUGGAAAUUACGCAGUCUACUUGGGGAAAAGAUAUUUACACCUGCCUGGUGUCGCAUGGCUCCCUCACGUUGUCUGCCAGUUUCAGCUACAUCGAAGGCGCUGAUACUAAAUUCAUUCUGGCAUGUGCACUGGGCGGAUCGGCAAUUUUAGCUCUGAUAAUAGUUUUGGUGAAUGUCAAGUUAAAGAGAUUGCACGGGAUUAACACAAGUUCUUUGGACAGAUGUCAGAGUGAAGAGCUGGCUGACCAAGCUGCGGUUGAUCACACCACUCCCCAUGUUUCACUAAAUAUGAGGGAGAGUAAAGGAUUUCGCAAAGAUCGACAACAAGAAGAAUGCAUUAUCUAUUCUCAGACAACAGGAAAUGGAGCUGACAAACUGACCUACGCUGCUCUGCAGUUUCCCGAUUCUAAGAACACGCCAGCAUCCAAACAUCAAAACAAACAUGCAUUGUACGCCGAUGUCAAUACAUCAAAGAAACUGUGAAGCUGAGAAUCCAACUGCAGCUUAGAGCUAUAGACCAUCAAUGAGUGCAGACCCGAGGCAUUUAUUCGUUUCAUUUCUUGCCUCCAGACAAAGAUUGUUAAUCGAUCACAUGGAUAAGUUAGGAAGAUAAGGGAUCAAUUUCGUCUUCGAUUUGUUGGAAGCGAUUAUCACUGGAAAGAAUAAAAGUAAAAAAAUUAAGAAUAAGAUUAGGAAUAAGCCGUUCCGCCUGUCUCUCCUACCCGGUCAGAAUCUCCAUUGAACAUUCCCCGAUCAUUCCAGGAAAUAAAACUACUUGGCCUAAAGUACCGCCCCACCCUCUACAGUCCUCAGAUAUGAAAAAAAAAAUGAGAGAUUCGUCACCACCAGCGAGAGUACUUUGUUUUCAAGGUAAAUACCGUCAACUGCAGAGUUAUUCUUGCUCACUUAUGUCAACGUUCAACCGAGGGAAAUAUAGAUUAGAAGAUGUGAAAAAAAUCGGAACAUGUUCUCACGAUAACACCUCUGUGUUUGA